UUUCUUUCUUUCUGGAUCGAUUGUGAGUGGAGCCAUAUCAUUUUAUUUAUAAAAAAAAAUCCAACUCAGAAGAAACCUUUUCUUCUUUGGAUUCUUUAUAGUAUUUCCAAGUGGAGUUGUUUGUUUCUCUUCUUUGGCUCUAUACAUUGAUUUCCUCAGAAGAAAUUAAACUUGGAUCUGUUUUCUUCCAUAUAGGGGCAAAUUAAAUUGCAGUUCAUCCUGGCAAAAGCAGAACUUUAAAGAAGAUGUCUUCCAAUCAAGUACUAGUACCAGGUCCAAUUCAACUCAAUUUCAGUCAAUACCACAUCCUGGUCUCCUCAAGCCAGGAAGAUGAAGAUCAACGACAGGCUGCAUUAGAGUACUUUCUUAAUGUGGCCGUUUACUCCUCUGUUAUCCUGGUGUUGCUGAUGGUUGUGGCGUUGCUAAUCAAAUUACUUGGAGUUUGUGAUGGGGAAAUGGCAAGAAAUGACGAUACUAUACGAAGAGAGACGGACAGAUUAAUAUCGAAAGCGAGUGCUUCUUUGACAUACGGAACGUGUGAUGAAGAUGAUUUGGAAUCGGGAAAUUGCAGUCGUUCUAGUUCAUCAGAUGAUUUGUAUGAUGAAAACAUAUGCAUAGUUUGCUAUGACAAGAAACGAAAUUGCUUCUUUAUUCCUUGUGGCCAUUGUGCUACUUGUCACUCAUGUGCCAAGAGGAUUACAGAGGAAGAAAAUAAGAACUGCCCAAUUUGCCGGAGAGUAAUUCGGAGAGUAAGAAGAGUGCUGCUUGCAUAAACUCACUAUUUCCCUCAUGUAAAUGUUGCACUUGAAUCUUUCUAAUUCGACGAUGGUAAUAUUAGUAUACUACUUUUUUAUUUUUACAGCAAGUUGUUGACUUGCAAUUUGACAGGAUUAGGUAAAAUAUGAUGUAACAUGCUUGUUUGUGUGUACUAAUUACUAAGUGGCGAGUGCCAUUUGGAAAAGUUGUAAAAAUAGUUGUAUAAUAGGAAGAGGUAAUGCCCACAACUAGGGGCAUGUACAGUGACUUUGAUUCGUUAUUUCAAUUUUCAAUUAUUAUUAUUAUUACUAUAUCAAAUUAAA